UCGGAGCGUGAGGGUCUCGCUCCGCCCCCUCCAGGCAGCGCCCGCUAGCUGACCGCGGCGGUUCGCGAACCCUGGCAGCCUGGGACCCGACAUCAGCUGAAACGGCGCGGGACCCUCACUAGCCAAAACCACAAAUAAGUCAGGAGAAGCUGACACUGAAGAAAUGCGGAACACUGAUCAGGAUGCUUGUGUUAUGUAUUUCUUUGGUGGUGAGGAAAUUGCUGAAAGGUUGUUACAUGCACUUAAGUUUGAGGACGGUCAUAGCUACAUUAAUGAUGAUGACAACACGGCUGCAUUGUGAACACAAAUGGGAAAAUUGCUGAAGGCAUUUAUGGGGCUAAGAUGGACCUUGUACUCAGUGCUGCAGAUUAUUAUUUUUUCACACCAUACAUAUAUCCAGUCACAUGGCCAGAGGAUGAUUUUUUCCGACAAACUAUUAGUCUCCUGAUUGUAACAAAUCUUGGUGCUUAUAUCCUGUAUUUCUUCUUUGCAACGCUGAACUAUUAUUUUGUCUUCGAUCAUUCAUUAAUGAAACAUCCACAAUUUUUAAAGAAUCAAGUCUAUCGAGAGAUUAUGUUUACUGUCCAGGCAUUGCCGUGGAUAAGUAUUCCCACUGUUUCAUUGUUCAUGCUAGAGUUGAGAGGUUACAGCAAAUUAUAUGAUGACAUAGGAGAGUUUCCUAAUGGUUGGUUUCAACUUGUUGUUAGUAUACUGUCCUUCCUGUUUUUCACUGACAUGCUAAUCUACUGGAUUCACAGAGGCCUUCAUCAUAGACUUGUAUAUAAGCACAUACAUAAACCUCAUCAUAUCUGGAAGAUCCCUACUCCAUUUGCAAGUCAUGCUUUUCACCCUGUGGAUGGCUUCCUUCAAAGUCUACCUUACCAUAUAUACCCUUUUAUCUUUCCAUUACACAAGAUAGUUUAUUUAGGUUUGUACAUCUUGGUCAACAUCUGGACAAUUUCCAUUCAUGAUGGUGAUUUUCGUGUUCCCCAAAUCUUACAGCCAUUUAUUAAUGGUUCAGCUCACCAUACAGACCACCACAUGUUCUUUGACUAUAACUAUGGACAGUAUUUCACAUUGUGGGAUCGAAUUGGAGGCUCGUUCAAAAAUCCUUCCGCCUUUGAAGGGAAGGGACCCCUUAGUUAUGUUAAGAAGAUGACAGAAGAAAAGUACAGCGGCCAUACAGGAAAUGGUUGUAAAAAUGAAAAAUUAUUAGAUGGUGAGUUUACAAAGACUGAGUAAAUUAUUGCCCAAUUAUUAAAUAUUUUUAAUAAGGAAAAGUAAUCUACAUACAGCCAAGAGACAUAGCGAGUAGAUGAUAUCAUUUGAAAAUCAGCAUUGUGGGCACUACUGAGGAAUGAUCAUAAUGGUAGGUCAAGGUGAACACCGUGAUUUUAACCCCAUGCUUAAAAUACUAGAUGUUGGCCUAAGGGACAACUUAUGUCUUUCUAUCCAGCAGAUCUGUAAUCUGUAUAGUCUCAACAACUAUUUCAAAAAGAUAGAGAAUAAAUUAUUGAGAAGACUAGGUUAUGCCCUUUUGCCUUAAUCUACCAUAUUCAUUAAGAGAAAUUCAUUGUGCUUAAUAAUACCAAGACUAAGCACCAUAAUAAAGAAAUACUAAUAUAAAGAUGGUUCCUUGUUUCAGGAAUGGUUACAUCUUCAGUGUUGGUAUGAUUUAAGUGGAAACAGUGUGAAAAAAAUACUGAUAUAACAUAUUAGUCGCAUUGUAAAUGACCUAAUUAAUAGCAGGAGUAAUUAGAUUAUCACUGCCUACACAUAGGAAGCUUAUUCUCUGGGGACAUUGUCAAAUAUUACAUUUUACUAAUGAAUGAAUAAAUUGGAAUUUUUAAAAAUAAUUGAUACUACCAUGAUUUAAUCCAGAUCUGGGAUUAUUUAAGGAUUUUGAUGGUUAUUAUUUAAAACCAUUAUUUAGUAAGUCUAAAAAUAUGUGACUGAUUAUAUAGUAGUCCCCUCUUAUUCUUCGGAGAUACGUUCCAAGACGCCCAGUGAAUGCCUGAAAUUGCAGGUAGUUCCAAACACUAUAUAUACUAUAUUUUUUCUAUACAUACAUAGCUAUGAUAAAGCUUAAUUUAUAAAUUAGGCACAGUCAGAUUGACAGCAAUAACUAAUAAACUGCUGUAGUUAAAAAGGGAAGUUUGAUGCCCAAAUAAUAUAUUUGACACUGCUGAUUUUUUAAUUAAAUUGAUGCACUGCACUUUUGAUGUUUCAAUGUUACAAACCUUUAAUUUUCUAUAAAAGGGAUUAAUUGUCAAAUAUUUAGGCCUAACAGUGAAGAUUAGUUUUGAAAUACAUAUUAUUCUCCCUCUUCUCCCUUCACUUUUCCCCACUUCCUCUGCAAAAAGAUUUGACAGAUAUUUUUAUAAAGAAAUGCUGUUUGUUGUAACAUAAAUAUAUUGGAAAAAAUGGUUUGCAAAGACAUUCUAUAAACUAUUUAUAUAAAAUCAAUAAAAGUUGAUUAUGACUGUUAUAAAGCUGUAUCAGUUGAAUAUUGUAACAGCACAAAGUAUUCUUUGUACAAAUUUUAUAUUAAUUUGAAACAAUACGGGUUGUCAAAACUGUUUUAGAAUGUCCCCAAAGGCUCAAUGUCAAGGGGGAGAAAGAAAGAAGGGGGUAUCACAUUUUUUUCAUGUUUCACAUUUUUUUUAUUGGGUUGUUGGAAAAGUCAUGACGCAUUUUUGCAACAAAAAACAGAAAAAAUACAUCAUGACUUUUUCCGACAACCCAAUAGAUUUGAGUGUUUUAGCAGAUCAGUCAUAAAUUUAAUGCUUAGGAUCCAGAUAAAAAUGUUUUUGUUUUCUCUUUGAGUUACUGUUACAAUAUUUGUAUUUCUUAAAUACAAGAAUCUGGGAAGUGUGUCUAAUUGUGUAGCUGGGAGGACAGGGUAACCAGUUUCUUGAACCAUUAGCCUGUUUGCCAUACCCAUAUAAUUUAUUCCCCUCUUUUUGAGGGUUCCCAUAAAAGUAUUAAAGAGAUGAAUGAGCUGAAAAGUAUUUCAAGUUAUUCAUGCACUGGUUGUCUUCAUGUCUUUAAUUCCAUAACUCCAAUUAUGAGUGUUAAAGUUUCCUCUAGAUUCUUCUUCCUGUGUAGCUAAUAGAAAAGAAAGGACAUAAUUAAUGGAGAGAGGGAAGCUUCCUCAAAGGUAAUCAAACUAGUCUCUGCCCUGCCAUCCUUUUUCUUAAAGUCUGGUCUUAUUAAGCAGUAUUAUAUGAAACCAUCCUAACAUUCUUUUUUUUUUUUUUUUUGUAGACUACCAUUACAUUCUCCUAUUUUUCCUUAGAGAAAUUCAGAGACUAUUCAUGGAAGGGAAGAUGUGAAUUCCCCCCAUAGGAAUAUCAAUUGAUAAACUUUUCACAAACUUGGCUUUGAAACCUUUCAAAAACUUAUAGGACAGAAAGGGAAAAUCAAGAUUACAUUUUGCACUUUUAUGUUAGAAAUUAGAAAAUGGGUGGAAGUGGUACAAAACCCAGAGACCUUUACUGAAUCCUCAUCUUCUUCCCUGUGUCUGUCUCUCUCCCUGUCUCCCUUUGUCUGAUACUGUGAGUUCCUCCUUCUCAUCUCCCUGUAUCAUGUUUCUUUUUCCUCCCAUCUUCAAGGAAUCAGAGAUAGAUUUAGGAGAGAAUUUUGAGUUCACUGUUGGUACAUGGAGUUUAUAGUGCAGGCAGGUUGUUUAGUGAUGAUGUCUGGGAAGAAGAUGGAAAGUAGGGAGACAAAUCAGAACAAAGAUAUUUGGGAUUAACUCAGAAGAAAAGUUUGAGGUCGUGAGAUUGAUUGCGAAGGAGAGCAUGAGAAAUGCUGUCCAAAGAAACAAACCAACUUAAGGGGAAAAGAACUUUCUUUCCUUGUCUUUCUAACUUCAAACUCGACACACUUGACUGGCAGUCUUAUAUCAACAUUUACUGCUUUUUGUCAUCAUUGUAAUGUGUAUCCUAUUUAUUCUAGACCCCCAGAUUCCUUCAAAGUAAAAACCAUGUGUGAGUCAUCGUUGUAUUAACCAUGUACCCUUACAGAAUGCCCACAACAUGGUUGAGGUGUCAUAAAUACUUUGCUGAAUGAA